AAGUUGAUAAGAAAAUUAUGUAAUUUUACUUUUUGUCUUUUGAUUCUAUAUAAUAUACAAUUUAUUACUAUAUAGUUCUGCAAGAUUGAAAGAUUAAGACUUACAAGUUACAUUGUGCAUUUGAAUUUAAAAUAUUCAAUAUUUUGAUACCGGUUUUCACUUUUCAUCGAUUAUUGGCAUUUGAGAAUUUAGAUAGAGUUACUGUAUCAUAAUAAUAAUAAUUAAUAAUUACCAAAAAUUAAGUAUUAAAAUUGUAUUAUUAUAUACCUAGGUGUUAUAUUUUGGUAAUCAAACGUGUAAUUUUAAAAUUAAAAUAAUAGACUGGGUCUGAUUAGUGUUUAAAACUUAUGUCCAAUAAUUAAAACAUGUCAAAAUCAGUUGAUAAGAAAACACCGUGUCAAAAUUCAAUUUUGGAUACUUUAAAAAAAGCUACCACUAGAAAUUCGGAUUGGCCCGACAAAGAUGAAUUUCUUGAUGUAAUUUAUUGGGCAAGGCAAAUCCUCGGACUCAUUGCUGGUCUACUAUGGGGUCUCUUACCACUAAAAGGACUAUUUGGAUUAGGAUUAUUUUUAGUGCUCAAUGCUGUUUCAUUAUACGCAUAUUUUACCAAUUUCCAACAAAUUGAUGAAGAAGAAUUUGGUGGAGCUUGGGAAUUAACCAAAGAAGGAUUUGUUACUUCAUUAGCAGGAUUUUUGGUGAUGUGGAUAAUUGUGUAUUCUGGAAUGCAUUUUGAUUAGGUACAAAAAUAUUCCAGUAAAAAGUUUGUAUAAUUGUUUUUAUUACAAUGAAUUAAAUGAUAACUUUCUGUACAAAAUGUAUUUUCUACCUAAAUAUUUUUGAAUUAUAAUAAAUAAAUGAAGACUA